AUGGAAAACUAUUCUCAUCAAUUUUUCAAAAUAAUUUGUAGAAAGGACAAAACUACUGCGAUCUCACAUCAACUUCUCAAUCAGUGCCAAAAAGCGGACAGUGAAUGGUGUUAUAGACACCACACUGGUUCUGCCGAGAUGAUCCGAAGCGAUAGCUUGCCAACAGGUGCAGAACUGCAGCAAAGGAUGGAAUUGCUUCCUUCUGGUGUCCUUUCAAAUGGAGAGGAAACUCAAGUGUCUGAAUAUUUGCGCGCCUUGGAGUUAUACAGACAAAAUAGAUCGGGUCAAGCAUCACCAGAAAAAUCGAAUGGAUAUUCGGAGCAAAAUGCGGUGACAACAUCUUCAACUACUGAACAACACAAUACGCCUAAUUGUUUUCAAAACUCGCGUGAAACUGAGUCCACAAAUCAAUCAGCUAGGGCUACACAAGAAAAUGCAACACAAUACUUCUCCACGUCUAACAGUUUGAUGGGCUACACUCAGUUGUACAAUAUACCACGGGAUAUGAAGGAAUUAGACUGCAAGAAUUAUGGAAAGGAUCAGUUGGAGCGGAACCAUUCUCCAGAAUCAACAUACUAUCAUCAAGCACCUCAUCAUUUUGUUCCAGGAACAGACACUCUGAGAUGUAUUGAACAGGAACAUGAAAACCAAUCUACCAAAGAAACACCUACCAGUGAUGCGCAUAACGUUCUUCAUCCAGAAUGUUCUAUGACAGAUUCUGCCUCUGAAAGCCAUUCCGCUCAAAAAUUGUGUGAUGGUUUUCAGCCAAUGACGGAAAAUGCGCUUUCCGGUUCAGAGUCUCCUGAUACAAGCUUGAACAAGAAUUUUACAAAAUUGGAACCGUCAAACAUCUUUGUUGCAAACAACAUGUCGAUAAACAUACUGCCAACUCCGCCGCCAACCCCUCCCAAAGCUUCACCGGGUUCUUCCACUUUGCAGCAAGAGCAUGAAGGCACAAAACCAAAAUUCCAGCAACAUGAAAAGAAGGGUGAUGUUUCUCCAGGUCAACUUACGUCAAAAAACCAAACACAAAAACAAGAACCACAAGGAAAUAAGGCCAAAAGUCAACUACAAAAUCCGGAACAAUUUCAACAACAAGAAUCACAGCUACCUUAUGUACCAACACAACUUCAAUCGCCUCCUGUACUCCAGGGAAUGCAGCAAGAUCACACUAUUCCAGAAAAAGAACAUGAGCUAUCAGUACGGGAGAAAAUACCAAGCGACGUACGAACAGAUCCGCAAGCAGCUGUAAAACCAACAGCCCCUGUAAAUCCACUUGAACAGUUCUCCGUGGACACCAUACUCAUGUCAUUGCUCUCGGAACCACUACCAUACGAAAGCUGUUCUUUCCUGAGACCAACGUAUGAACUUUGUGUUGAAACACAAGCAAAGAUUGAGGCCAAAAAAGAAUUGGCCACCAAUAAAGAUUUUGAUGAAAAUGUGGUUGAAAUAGAAGAGGAAGUGGAAAAACAAGACCAGAAGGUUGUCGAGGAUGUUCCUGUACAACCGAUCAUAAUACCAGAUCCAGUGCAACCGAUUAUACUACCAGAUUCAGUGCAACCGAUUAUAGUACCAGAUCUAGCGCCACCGACCAUGGUAUCAGAUCCAGUGCGACCGAUCAUAUUAAAAGCUGAAGUGCCACAAAUGACUCCUCCAAAAACUACUAUAAAAAGAGGUCGACCAAAAGGCAGUAGGAAUUCAAAACCGAGGACGGAAAAUAAACGGACCAAGAAGCAUAAACGUGAUUUUGUCGAUGAUGGUGAUUUCUAUGAAGAUUACAGCAGUGAUAGUGAAGAUUACACGGAGGUCGUUCGAAAAAUUGAAGCUGCUUGCACUAAAGGAAGAACAACGAUGAACAGUAAAAAAUGCAAUGCAAAGGAUAAUCACGGUGCUUCGACAUCAAAAGACGAAAGAAAUUCUUUUUUUGACGAAUCCGCGAUGACAUCCGAAUCUGAUUAUGCUGAAACACUAGAGUCAUCGCGGAGAAAAAAAUACCACAAAACUGCAGCAACAUCGUCAAAGACAAACCUGGAAAAUGAUGAGACCCCUAUCGAAAGUGAUUUGAAAAUUUUGAAGCCAAUAAAACACAUCCAAACAAAACGGAAUAACAGGAAUGUUCAUCCUCCUGCAAAGAAAAAUAGAAACGAUAUUCCCAUGAAAGAUUACAAGAAGAUCUCAGAUAAAGUCAUACAUUCUCUUUUCAAUCAAGUAUUGACCCCCGCCAAAUCAGAGCGUAGCCAGUUUUCAGAAAAUUUCGAAUCGCCAAUAAUCCGUCGAGCAAUUUACAACCAGAGUUCUCAUUGUUAUGCAAUAUCCGCAGUGCAAUUGGCGCUUCGAGUUCCACAAAUAUACUCGAUGAUACGUAGACAUUCACACAAGAAAAAGAAGACUCGUUCAGAAUGUACGAGUUGCAAGUUGGGCGAGCUUAUGUCAACAGUACCACAGAGGGAAGAUUUUCCAGUUUUCAUUGACAUACUCCAAACCAAAUGGUUAAAUAUGGAAGCACAAGAAAUGCAUUGCGUCAUGGAAACAAUGGAAUAUUUAUUCGAUUUCCUGGAUAAGGAAUACAUGGAGAAUCUUUCUCGCUGUGGUCGAAGAAACUCAAAGAGCAGCACUCCACUCAGAAAAAUGUUUUCUAUUCAACAAAUUGACAAAUCCAAAUGCAAGGCGUGUCUUCGUGAGAGUACUCAGACAAACACUUUUCUUCACAUCACUGUUGAGACAAAGAGGAAGUUUGAUGGCACUAUGCAGGAUUCGAUUGACUGUCUGUCUCGAGAGUCCGGAUGGCGUGACGACCAUUGUCUUCAAUGCAGUCACCUGCUUUACAGCACUUUGAGCUUUGUCAAACUUCCCAAGGUUCUUCUGUAUUUUGUUCCACGAGCUCAACCAAGACGGAAGAAAGAUUUGACCGUGAUUACUAUACAAGACCAGAUUGUUGUCAAAGAUAGAAAAAGAGAGCACACGUAUUUGUUAUGCGCUUUUGUAGCUCAUUACGGACCACGUGGAAACAGUGGACACUACAAAACCUUUGAAGUCGAUCGUUCAGAAGGAGUCCAAUACAUUGAAUACGAUGAUGGAAAGGUCACGAUGAACUCGGCACUUCCCAAUGACAUCCACGUUGUUCUUGCGUUGUUCCGUAGAGAGGAUGCUGUUGCUAAGGAUGCGCACACCGACAUGAUUUUUAAUGGAAAUGGAAAUAUGACGUUUGCGCAUGAAAAAUAUUGCGAAAAAGACUAG